UACCGUAUAUCAAAUAAACCCAAUUACGCAUUUUAUGUAGCUCAUUAAUAUUAAAUAGCAACAUGGUUAUGUAUCAAAAUCUCGAGUCGUUUGGAAAUUUCAGUGAUACUAUCAUUUCGCCGGUAAAUUGUGCCAUGUAAUGAUUUAUAUUAGUAAUUGUCAAAAAUUUACUGACAAUUAUCAUAUAGUUAGCAGACAGAUACUAUGUACUGAUCAAUAAAAAACACAAAGUAUUCAUUAAGAUUUAUGUAUUCAUACAAAUAUAGAUAUUUUUGGUCAUAGAUUGCCAUAUCGGAAAAUAUUGAAUAAUUUAUUUACGUAAGGUAUAUAUCAGAAAAUAUUCACUAUUAAAUAGAGUAACAAAAGGAUGUUGCAAGUAAACAAUCCAAAGUCACGAGGCCAUCAACGUAGUCCAUCAGAUACACAAGCCUUUAAAGAAAGAACAAAACGAGAUGCGUUUAUUGACCUUGAAACGGAAUUAGGACAUAUUGCAUCUACUGCUCCUGAUCAUGAGAGAGAUGCAACAGCGAGACAAUAUGAUGGGUUCAAAAAACUUUUUGAAAGGUUUCUUGAAAAAGAAGGGCCUUCUUUCGAUUGGGAUCAAAUACAAAAAUUACCAGAAGAUGCAAUCAAAGAUUAUGAACAUCUUCCUGAUCCUACGCCUGACGAAAUAAAAAAUUUCUUAAGAAAAUUAGUCGUUGUGAAACUAAACGGUGGUCUUGGAACAAGCAUGGGAUGUCACGGACCAAAAUCAGUUAUCACGGUUCGCAAUGGUCUUACAUUUCUAGAUUUGAGUGUACAGCAAAUAGAGAAUUUGAAUAAAAUCUACGGAGUAAGCGUACCACUAGUACUGAUGAAUUCUUUCAAUACAGAUAUAGAUACUCAAAAAAUUAUUAAAAAGUAUAAGGGAAUAGAUGUAGAAAUCCAUACUUUUAAUCAGAGUUGCUACCCUCGGAUCAGCAAAGAAUCUUUAUUGCCUAUAGCUAAGCAUCACAGAGUACAUGACGACAUUGAAGCAUGGUAUCCUCCAGGCCAUGGUGAUUUUUAUGAAAGUUUUAGAAACUCAGGUCUUCUGCAACUGCUAAAAUCUCAAGGACGACAAUACUGUUUUAUUUCAAAUAUUGAUAAUUUAGGGGCAACUGUGGACAUGAGAAUAUUAAGAUUGCUACUAGGACCAGAAAAACCCGCUGAAAUUGAAUUUUUAAUGGAAGUUACCGAUAAAACCAGAGCCGAUGUUAAGGGUGGUACUCUUAUUCAGUACGAAAAUAAAUUAAGAUUACUCGAGCUUGCACAGGUUCCAAGAGAGCACAUAGAAGAUUUCAAAUCCGUUAAAACUUUCAAAUAUUUCAAUACAAAUAAUCUAUGGAUAAAAAUUGAUGCGAUCGAUAGAGUAUUAAAAGAGAAUUCGCUCAAUUUGGAAAUAAUCGUAAAUAAUAAAACAUUUGAUAAUGGACUAAAUAUUAUUCAACUUGAAACUGCUGUGGGCGCUGCAAUGAAAACCUUCAAUGGAAGUUGUGGUAUUCACGUUCCUCGAAGUAGGUUUUUACCCGUUAAGAAAACCUCGGACUUAUUUCUCGUUAUGAGUAACUUGUAUAUAUUACGUAAUGGGUCAUUAUCCAUGUCUCCACAACGUAUGUUUCCAACGACACCACUUGUAAAAUUAGGCGACAAUCAUUUUUCUAAGGUAAAACAGUUCCUAAAUAGAUUUCCUACUAUACCGGAUAUUUUGGAACUGGACCAUCUUACAGUCUCCGGUGAUGUGACAUUUGGUAAGAAAGUUACAUUGAAAGGAACUGUAAUUAUUAUUGCAAAUCAAGGUGAAAGGAUAGAUCUUCCCUCUGGAACAAUCUUGGAAAAUAAAAUAGUCUCCGGUAAUUUGCGAAUCUUAGACCAUUAAUCACUUUUAAAUAUUUUUUAUUAGAGACGUAUUGUAUUAGUGAUGAGUUUUAGCCCAAAUUUGAACAUAAUAUUUUAAUUUCAAUUUUGUAAAUUUUGAAGCUAUAAUACACUUCUUUAAUAAAGUAUGUAAUUUAUAA